GGGACGAAGGACGAAGAGCCAGAGAGAAGGGAGAGAGAAAUGUGUGUAUACGAUAGAGGCGCCGCGGCGUCGUCGUAGAGGUUAAGGACAAGGAAGCGAGUCUCUCUGGCCGCUGCGUGUGCGUGGACGAUUUACGGAGGCUGCAGCAGCGUCCUGCCUCUCUCACGCCUCUCAAUAUACUUUGUGUGUGUUAUAAGGUGGAGGAGACUGCGGGAAGAGGAGGGCUAAAAAAUGGCAACGGAGCCGCCGAGAGGAGGGCCGCGCCGGCCUCCACCGCCAAGGUGCGCCAGCCAGCACGAGUGAGAUUUUUUUUUUUUUUCCUCGCGUUUGUUUGUUUACUUACUUUGACGUCGAAAGGGUGUAGACACACCACCAUCCCACCCCCUUAGUGUCGAGUGUGAGCGACCCCUUCGCUGUGACAGUUUCUUCUUUUGCCGAAGAGGGACGUCCGUCGAGUUGAAAGUGAGUUUGUCGCUCGGGGGUUCACUCGUUUCGUCGGUUGCAUUAGGUGCCGGAAGACGUCUUCGCCAUGGCUGCCAGUUCGUGUUAUGGUGGUGGUUUUAAUAGUUGUGGUGCCGGUGAUUGUAGAAUGAAGAACGGCUGGAGGAGGAGGCGUAGUCCUUCGGACUCGGGAAUCACCUGCCGGCUGAUGAUCGUUUGGUUGACUGCUGGAUUGCUCGCUGUUACCACUGAUGUGGCGGCGUCGGUCGAGGUGCACUUCGAGAGCAAGGAAGGUGGCUUCUUCUUGAAACAAGUGCCUCGGCAGUUCUACAUGUCGGGGGUGUCUCGCAUGGACCUGGCUCCAAGCGGAGGUGCCACCACCUCGUCUACCGCGUCGUCCUCGGCUUCCUCGUCGUCAUCGGCCUCGUCCCAGGGCUCGUCGACGCUGUCGGUCGACAAGUUCACCGUCUUCCAGACGAGCGAGCCCGUCUCGGUGCGAGCGACUUACGGGCCCUUCAGCACCAAACAGACCGUGCCCGCGAGGUACAUCGUGCCCGAUCCCCUGGACGUGCUCCCCGUGCCCGACUUGGAUCCCAAGAAGAACAACGCCAGCGGACUCGCCAACUCGGCCCUGCUCGAGGUCCAGGAGCUCGGCGCUCGGCACCUCGACAUGUCGGCGCACAUCGUGAGCUCGGUGAUAGCCCGCGACUCUCCGGUCCUGCGAGUGUUGUUCCACGCGGGCAGCGAAGCCACGGGUCGCCGUCAACUGCUGCUCGGCCGUCACCAGCGAGUCUGCGUUCUGCUCCACGCGACCCCGACGCCCCAGCCGAGCAGCACCGGCAGCAGUCGGGCCACCGACCACGCGGACAAUCUCCAGCAGGCCGGGCCCCUCACCGCCGCCUGCAGCCCCGACGGCCAGGAUGGCGUCUGCCUCGCCCAGAUCACCGUACCGGCCAACUGGUGGCCGCCCCUGCCGCCCCCGGAUUCAGCCGGUCGCGUCAAACCGGCCAAGACUCUUCCGCGGGUCGUGCAGCUGGCGUACUCGGUGUUGGAGCCGCGUAGCGCCGACGAGGCCGGGCAGCAACAACAACCGGGGCACGGGGUAUCGCUGGACUCGGCCUCGUACUGCCAGCCCAAGGUGCAGAUCCAGCCGGUGACGCCCCUCGGCCAGGUGACCCUAGGCCCGAACCGCGCCACCUACAAGGAGCUCAAGACCGACGAGUACCUCACCCUCCUGGUGCCCCACGGGCCGCUCUACCCCCGCUCACGGCUCCACAUACCUGUUUUCCUGCAGUCCCACUCGUCCAAGCAGUCCGGCCAGGGAAGGCCCCCCGUGGCCGCGGUCGUCCUCAGGGCCAAGUUCAAGGCGGGAGUGAAGAUCCUGGACGCCUCGUCGAGCAGCCCCGACUGGACGGUCGAGACGGACAUAAAGACGAAAAACACCGCGGCCACCUUCACCGCACGGAGAAAGGAAAACGUGUCCCGGCUGCCCAACGCCUCCGCCGAGGAGAUAAUGACGAUGCUGCUCGAGGCGAGCGACGAGAGCGCCGAGAGCAAGGAGCACGGGGGCAGCCGUAUCGUGUGGAGCGUGCGGUACGCGUUGGAGGGCGAAGAGGACAACGUCUCGCUCGCGGGGCCCUUCCAGUCCCAACAGACCCACCACCACCAUCACCAGCAACCGCAACAGCAACAGUCGCACUAUCAUCACCACAACAGCGGCGCCGAGCGCAAAAAGCUACAGGCCCAUCUCGAGAUACAGAAGGACGACAUACAGGCUGUGCUGCCCAUCUCCAAGAACUGGGAGGUGAUGAACACGGCGGUGCUCACGGGAAAGCAAAUUUCUCAGGCGAUGAAGGUGUUUAUCGUCAGCCAGGCGGGCACGGUGGCCGACGUCACGCUCCAAUCCUCCUGCCACUCCGACGACGAGAGCGUACUCAAGGUCUCGUCUUCGUGCAGCAGCGUGUACGUGGACGGCUCCGAGAUCCGGGGCUCGAGCAACGCCUCGGUCGUCGUCAAGUACGGGACCUACACGGGCCUGGCGCGCUUCACCGUCUGGAUGCCCGAGUUCCCGCUCGAGGUGUCGGUGCCGGACUCCCGGCUCAACCAGAUCAAGGCGUGGAAGGUGCCCGACGAGCCCAACCUCGCCAAGAACAAGCGCAGCUUGAACGACAGCCGUCCCGGCCAGGCGAGCAAGAGGAGCCUCGACGCCGCCACUGCUCCUGCCAAGGAACGAGAGGACGAAUACGACGACGAGGAAGACGAGGAGGAGGAGGAGGAGACUGCGGGUGUUGAGGGCGAAGAGGACACCGAGGACAUUGACGGAGGGAAGAUGAGGUUCCGCAGUGGCGAGAAAUGGGACGAGAUCAACUCCAUCGACCGGACGCCCGGCGCGGCUAACUGCCGGCUCAGGUUCCAGCAGAGUCCCGUCGAGGUGCACGCGCGCUUCCUCGCCGUGGACCACGACUCGGGCCGGGUCUCGUACUUUGUGAACCGGCGCACCUGGCUGCGCAUCACCGAUCUCGUGGGUAGUCUGCUCCGCGUCUCGGACCCGAGAAUCGCCGCCCUCAUCCAGGGCCGGAUCGUCCAGGGGCGGGGUAUAGGGCGCACGGAGGUGCAGGUGCUGUCGCCCAUCACGGGCCGCGUGAUCGGCGCCAAGGAGGUCAGGGUUGGCAACGACCGCGUCUCCAUAUCCCAGCUGUCGGUCAAGGUCGUCUCGGGACUCCAGCUGACCAUCAACCCGGAUAACGCCAUUGAGAACGGUUACGUCGCCGAGACGUCCGUCACGCGAAAGCUGACGGCUCAGUACCAGGAGGGCCUGCUCGACAUAGACCUCGAAUUCUCGGACGGCUCGAGGACGCCGCUCCGAGAGAUAGCCGUGAGCGACUACAAGCUGGUCGUUGAGGACCUGGACCCGGACAUCGUGGCGUUCGCCCCCAUGGUGGCCUCGCACCAUCCCCGUGUGAUCGCGGUGGGCGAGGGCAGCGGUGACCUACUGCGCGUCAGUAUCCAGUUGGCCGACGCGUGUCGCCUUCAAACCGGACGCCGGGGUUCCAAGUCACAGGUGGCCCGGGGCGCAGGUGUCUCGGUUGCCUCGCAGACGCCGGCCCUGCCCCUCGCCACAGCCACUGCCAGCGUCGAGGUGGACUUUGCGUCGAGCGAACUCUCCAGUCGGCCCGAGUUCGUGCAGAACGACGGGGGUGGCGCAGGUGGCCUCGGACUCAGCGCCCACCACCGUGAGCGCAAGAACGGCCGCGACAUGGCGCCCGAUCUCCACGACAUUUUGAUCGGAGGUAUCGGCGGCGUGGGUAUCCGGCACAGCAACGCGGCCCGCAUCUCGCCCCUCGAGAUCGGCAUGUACGUCCUGCUGGUGGCCUUUUGCCUGGCUAUCGUCGUCUUUGUGAUCUCGUGCGUCGUCUUUUCCGGGAAGUUCAAGCCCCUGCCCGGACUGGAAUCGACCUCGACAACUUCGGGUCUUGGCGCUGGUCUCCCGGUACUCGGGGCCGCCCGAGCUGCCGCUAGUCAAUUCGGACAGAACAGGAACAGGCCCAGGGAAUCGACGACCAACGCUCACGACUGGGUGUGGCUCGGGAGGGCCACUCUCGAGCGCGCCGCCUGCGCGCCUCAGCAGAAGGUCCGCGUGACGAGCAACCCGCUGGCAGUGGAGGCCGAGGACGAGACUCUAGAUCUCGGCACGAGCUUCGACAACCCGAACCACUUGGAGCUGCCGUCGACGGGCCGAGCCUUGGGAGCAUCGUCGCAGUCCGGGGCCAUCGACACCACGACCUACUGCAAGCGUGACCGCACGCCUAGGAGUUUCAACAAACCCUCGGCUCACCAACGGAACGACAACGAGAAAUCACCGGGGCACAAGGUACCCCUGAUGUCGAGCGUCGACAACGGGAACGAGGACUACAAGCCACCGGUGCCGCCCCACCGCAGCACAGCGGCCCUGGGCAUCACUCGGUUGCCGGACACACCAAGGCGACGCCACCAUCACCAGCGAACCAACAGCAGCGGCGAGCACGCGGGCAGACGAGGGCACGAAGCGGCGGCUGCGUCCGGUAGCAAACACCACCAUCACCACAGACCGAGCAAGUCGAGCCGGUCCAGGAGCAGCAACAGCAACGCCUCGCCGCUGAUGCACAGCAAACCCGAACCGGUCAAGGAAGCCACCGCUGCUGCUGCGGCCGCCAACAGCUCGGAUCUCGCGUUUGUCGAGGUGCGGAGCAGGGAUCCAGAAGCGGCGCGUAGCCGAAGGGCUCGCUCGCGGGAGAUUAAGCGUGCGACGGUAGUCGGUAAUCCGAUGUUCUCAUCCUCGUCGUCGUCCAAUUCUUCGGGCUCGCCGACCCACGGCGAGCAACUCCAGCAGCUGCUGGACGAGCCCCCGCACAGCAAUCACCAGGUGCCGACAGUAGCGGCAACGGCCUCCUCCUCCUCGACCACUGCCGGUCUCGACGACUUGAACCUUGGCAUGGACUACAACCAGAUCAUGCAGUACUUUGACAAUUUGAAGGAGUCGAACGCCUAGGAGUGGGCCGAUUGCCGCCGCUACCGUCGCAAGCGCAGCAAGUUGCGCUUGAACAUCGGUAGCAGCGGCAGCAGCAGUGCCAGCAACGCAAGUCACAGCAGCAGCAACAGCAACAACAACAACAACAAUGGUGGUGGCGGUACUUCGAUAAUGGUGAUCCUCUAAGGAGGCUUUUCCGUGAUACACGGUGCAUGGCAAUAUUUUGGCGAGACCGCAGCUGCGUAUAGACUCGUUGGGCACGCCGUCGGUUGUAUACUCUGGAGUUUUCGUCCUUUGGUUCGACUGAGCUAUUCACCUAUAAUUAGUGUAGCUUUUCGAUGAAUAUGGCAAAUCUAUAAUAUAUACACGCAUGUACUACGAUGUUACGGCCGCUUGAAUGGUAUAAUGUGAAAAAAAAUUUUCUAUAAGCCUGAAGCACUCGUCUGUUGGCUCGUGUAUCCAGUUUUCCUGGGACAAGGAACGACGAUUUUCUUGCGGAUUCGCCACUGCAGUAGAGAGUGCCGGCCACAAAAUGACGACGAACGUGAGAGCAAUAAAAAAAAAAAAUGUCAAAGAGGUCCAAGCGAGUCUGUAUAAGUAUAUAUGAGUGCGUUUGUUGCGGCGGUGUGUUAUUAUUAUUAUU